UUUUAUCUUUUGCAAAAAUGGAACUUAACUUGACAGUGCGUGUUCACCCAGUUGUUUUGUUUCAAAUAGUUGAUGCUUAUGAAAGGCGAAAUGCAGAUUCAUUGCGUGUUAUUGGAACCCUUUUGGGUACUGUGGACAAAGGUGUUGUAGAAGUAACAAAUUGUUUUUGUGUACCACAUAAAGAGCAUGCUGAUCAAGUGGAAGCUGAAUUGAAUUAUGCUUUGGAUGUAUAUGAUUUGAAUAGAAGGGUGAACGCAACCGAAAAUAUUGUAGGUUGGUGGGCUACAGGCAAUGAAGUUACAAACCAUUCCUCAGUCAUUCAUGAAUACUACAGUCGGGAAUGCACAAAUCCUGUACAUUUAACACUUGAUACGUCCCUGCAGGGCGCACGCAUGGGUCUACGUGGCUAUGUAUGCGUUACUUUAGGUGUGCCUGAUGGAAAACCUGGUUCCAUGUUUACACCCAUCAAUGUUGAUGUUGCUUGCUAUGAACCAGAGGUUGUUGGUCUACAGCUAUGCCAAAAGACAAUGAAUGCCAGUAGUGGGCGUAAUCGUGCUGGUGCAGGAACAGUUCAGCCAAUGAUGGAUUUAGCUCAAGUAGCUGAAGCAUCAUCCAAAUUGCAAGGUUUAUUGGAACAGGUUCUCGCAUAUGUUGAAGAUGUCCUCAAUGACCGAAAAGAACCUGAUAAUGCAGUCGGACGAGCACUUCUGGAUUUAGUGAGUUCUGUACCUAAAAUGACUCCUGAACAGUUCAAUAACAUGUUUAACUCUAAUGUUAAGGAUCUACUUAUGGUGGUAACUCUUUCACAAUUAAUUAAAACUCAAUUGCAGCUGAAUGAGAAAUUAACUUUAUUGACAACUUUGUAA